GAUUUAAGCUGAGGGUAGGCAGCAAGGGACAUUCAGCCAUGCAAAGUCCUUGCACCAUGAGUGAGUCUGUGCUGAGCCUCUUCAGACUGUUGGGCAGCAUCUCUGGGAUCCUGCAAGUGACCUCUCUUUUUAUUCUGGUUCUGCUGCUACUCAAGGUAGCCCAGUUCUACCUGCAGAGACAGAGGUUGCUCAAAGCUGUGCAGCAUUUCCCGUCUCCUCCCUCUCACUGGCUCUAUGGACACUCCAGGGAGAUCAAAAAGGAUCAGGGACUACAGCUGACUCUGAAAUGGGUAGAAAAAUUCCCAUCCGCCUAUUCCCGCUGGCUUUGGGGAACAAAGUGCCAACUCUCCAUUCAUGACCCUGAAUACAUAAAGGUGGUGCUGGGGAGAACAGAUCCAAAGGUUCAAGAGUCUUCUAGGUUCAUGGCUCAAUGGCUUGGGUAUGGCUUGCUUCUUAAGAAUGGACAAGCCUGGAUGGAACACCGGCGAAUGUUGAACCCAGCCUUCCACUCUAACAUCCUGAAGAACUAUGUUGAGACCAUGGCAGACUCUAUGCAAGUGAUGCUGGACAAGUGGGAGGAACUCAUCAGUCACAGCCCCCAUCUAGAGAUCUUUGGACACAUCUCCUUGAUGAGCCUGGACACCAUCAUGAAGUGCGCUUUCAGCUACCAGGGCAACGUCCAGACAGAUAAGAACUCCCAGUACUAUACAAAGGCAAUUGAAAAUUUGGCCACUAUGCUUGUUACACGAAUAAGGAACAUCUUCUACCAGAACAACAUCAUCUACAGGCUGACUCCUGAAGGCCGCAGGAAUCUCCGUGCCUGUCAGCUGGCCCAUGAACACACAGACCGAGUGAUCCGGCUGAGGAAGGCUCAACUGCAGAAGGAAGGAGAGCUAGAGAAGGUCAGACAGAAGAGGCACCUGGAUUUCUUGGACAUCCUACUCUUUGCCAGAAUGGAGAAUGGGAGUAGCUUGUCUGACAAGGACCUCCGUGCAGAGGUGGACACAUUCAUGUUUGCGGGUCAUGACACCACAGCCAGUGGCAUCUCGUGGAUCCUGUAUGCUCUGGCUUCCCACCCUGAGCAUCAGCAGAGGUGCCGGGAGGAGAUCCAGAGCCUCCUGGGGGAUGGUGCCUCCAUCACCUGGGACCACCUGGACCAGAUGCCCUACACCACCAUGUGCAUCAAGGAGGCACUGAGACUCUACCCUCCAGUACCAGGCAUUGGCAGGGAGCUAAGCAAGCCCAUCACCUUCCCUGAUGGACGCUCCUUACCCAAAGGCAUAAUAGUUUUACUCAACUUUUAUGCACUGCACCACAACCCACUAGUGUGGCCAAAUCCUGAGGUUUUUGACCCUUUUCGGUUUGCUCCUGGUUCUUCUUAUCAUAGCCAUGCUUUUUUGCCCUUCUCAGCUGGACGAAGAAACUGUAUCGGGAAGCAGUUUGCCAUGUAUGAGAUGAAGGUGGCUGUGGUCCUGACUCUGCUCCGAUUCAAGCUAGAAGUAGAUCCCUCCAAGUUCCCCAACCCUACUGUAACAGUGACACUGAAGUCAGAGAAUGGCAUUCACCUGCACCUCAAAAAGCUCCAGAAACCCUGGUGUGAUAAGGAGAGGCUCUGACAGCCUGCUGCCUGCCAUCCUGUCAGCCUGUCAUCGGCCAUCAGAUCCUGCUUCUGCUGUCUAUCUAUCCACUCACCAGCUAACUAGACCUCUUGCCAGACAAUUGUCAGACUUCACUCUUUCUUCUCCAGGAUGCUAAUCUGUUUGUCUGUCCACCUGUUUCUACCUAUCUAUGGCUAUGACUGUCCACCUAGCUCCUGCUCUAUUGCCAUUUUUCCAAGCUGUCUCUUCUUGUAAUCUUAUUUUAUAAUACUGUAAAUCACUAUUCAAUAAAAAUGUUGUACAAAUAAAUUUUAAAAAUGUG